UGCACGGUGCCGGGACAGGGCUGGGCACCGGGUACAGGACCCACAGGUCCGGCGGGGCGGCGCCGGGCCGGGCUGGCGGCGCGGGGCGAGGCGGGGCGAUGGGAAGCGGCAGGGCGGUGGGAAGCGGUGGCUCUGCUGUUGGCGCUAUUGGGAGCACGAACGGGAGCGGAGCGGAGCCGGGGAAGGGGGGGAGCGGGGCGGGGCGGGAACGCAGUCGAACCCAGCGCAGGGCCGCACCGCCCCGGCCGCGCUUUGUUGUCUCGGCCGCCACCGAGUCCCGGCCGCAGCAGUGCGGGCCCAACACGCAGGAUGUCUCAGGAGAGUCUCCUCGGGAUGGACGAGGGAGCACUGCGGAAGCUGCUGGAGGCCACACUGGACCUGGCUGAGCGGCGCCGCAUCCGCUCGGCUAUCCGGGAGCUACAGCGGCAGGAGUUGGAGCGGGACGAGGAGACAUUGGCAUCCAAGCGCUUCCGUCCAGAACGCAGCAGCCAUCGACAGGACAACAAGGAGAAUUGGCCACAGUCCCGGCACCGGGAAGAGGAGCAGAAGGCAGCCCUCGCUGCCUUGUCUGAGCAGCUCGAAGCUGUCACCAGCGUGGAGGAACUGACAAAACUGCUGCGGUCAGCGGGUGAGUAUGAGGAACGCAAGCUGAUCCGAGCUGCCAUCCGUAAGCUGCGGGCUGAGGAGAUUGAAGCUGCGACCCUGGCUGGGAAUGUGCAGAGCAGCCGAAAGGAUGGCAGCAAGCCCCCCACUGUGCCUGGGGAAAUAAAAAUUUUCCAGAGGGACAAUGCUGAAACACCAGCCCUUACUGGGAGUGAAGAAAGCUGUGGUGAGGGUAGCACCAAGCCUCCAGGCACAGACAGGAGCGGGGAGAGCAGCCACCAGGACGAUGAAGAGCCAGCACUGGCUGGGCCAGAGGAGAGUGGAUACAGGGAGGUUGUGAAGCAGGCCCCUGCCCAGCAGCCCAAAGGCUCAGCGGCCUGCAAGCAAGAGGAUGUGGUGGAGCAGGAGCAUGUCCCAGCUGGGAUGCAGGAGCUGUGCAGCCAGCAAGCGAGAGACCCCCAGAAACGUGGUGCUCAGGCUGUGGUUUCAGAGACCCUUGUGCUCCUGGAGCUGCAGCCAGCCCCAGAGCCCCAUCCAGAGCCUAAGGAUGGUGGUGAGGACCUGCAGAAGGGUCAGCCCCAGGCAGCCUGGAAGGAAGGGAACCUGGACAGCCCUGCCAGCGCCCCAGAGCCCAGUGUGGCGCAAAGCCCCAGAGGGGAGCGACUCAUCCUGGGCCAGCCCAGUGCUGGCAGUCAGCUUCAUGUUGGGGUACACUGCCAGGUGCCGGGGCCAGGUGGGAGACAUGAGAGGCCAUCAGUGGCAUCAGUGCCCACCCAGGAGGUCAUGGGAACCCCGGCUCGCCUGAAUACUCACCGGUGGGAGCUGGUGCCCUCCUCCCUUUGCCUGGCUAGCCCCACGGAGCCGCGCCCCGCGGGACCCCCACCUUCCCCCGCCGCCGGCUCGGUGCGGGAGCGCGCACAGCGGUUCGGGCCGGCGGGGGCGGGCGGCGCGGGGGGGCGGGCCGGGCCCGGGGCCGCCCAGCGGGGGCCCCGCACGGCCCCGCCGGCGCCCGCUCAAAACGCGCGGGGCAGCGGCAGCGCAGCUCAGCACCCGGCCCCGCGCCCCGCCGGCUCCCGCCUCGACGCCAUGAAGACCUUCUUCACCAUCGAGAUCAAGGAUGGGCGCGUGCAGCCCCUGGCACCCCGCAUCACGGCCGCCCCCGGCAGCCAGCGGGCAGAGGUGACUCUGGAUCUGCGGAGCACUCCCAUCCGUAUCACCACCAUCCCGAGCAGCGUCAGCAGCAUCUGCAACAUCAGCAGUGUCAGCAGCAAUGUCACCAAGGACCCUUGCGCUCACUUUGAGGGCACUGAGGAGCCCAGUGGCCCUGUGGCACAUCCACCCACUUUCUCCAGUACGCGCCAGCAAUCGACCCUGCAUCUCUCCCGAAGCAACAGCAGCAUGGAGCCAGAGGUGGCGGAGCAGCAGCAGGCACCAAGGCAAGAACCAGAGCUGCCCAACGGCAUGGAGAAGGUGCAAGUGAGGGAGGUGGAGAGAAAGAGCAAGCUGAAUGUCGAGGAGCUGAGCAAGAUUGAGGAUGAGGAUGUUCUGGAUAAGAUGUUGGAUCGGACGACAGACUUUGAGGAACGACGGCUGAUUCGAAAUGCCAUGCGGGAACUGCGGCAGCGCAAGCGAGACCAGCGGGAGAAGGAGCGGGACCAGCGGCUGCAGGAGGCUAGGAGCCAAUCUGUGACAGGAAGAGCUGGCCAUGCCACAGAGACCACCACCACACAGAGCACUCAGUCAGCCGAUGGCUCAGCAAGCAGCACCGUCACCAAGACUGAGCGUCUCGUCCAGUCUAGUGAUGGCACCAAGACCUCCCGUACUACAACCAUGGAGUCAAGUUACGUGAAGAGAUCAGACAAUGGCAACAGCACUUUUGUUCAAACCAAAUCAUCCUACAGCUCUUCAUCCAAAAAGACAGGCAGCAUUUUUGACCGUGAAGAUGAGAGUGCGUCUCGGCAGAGCAGCCUGGCCGCACUGGAGCGGCGUCAGGCAGAGAAGAAGAAGGAACUGAUGAAGGCUCAAAGCCUGCCCAAGACAUCAGCCUCACAGGCACGCAAGGCCAUGAUGGAGAAGCUGCAGAAGGAGGGUGGAAGUUCAAACCCUGCAGCAUCACAGACCGCUGUGCAGCGCUCCUCCAGCUUUGGCGUGCCUAACGCCAACAGUAUCAAGCAGAUGUUGCUGGACUGGUGCAGAGCCAAGACUCGGGGCUAUGAGCAUGUGGACAUCCAGAACUUCUCAUCCAGCUGGAGUGAUGGCAUGGCCUUCUGUGCCUUGGUCCACAAUUUCUUCCCUGAUGCAUUUGACUACAGUAAGCUGACACCCCAGAACCGCCGCCAAAACUUCGAGGUGGCCUUCUCUUCUGCAGAGAAGCACGCGGACUGUCCACAGUUGCUGGACGUGGAGGACAUGGUCCGGAUGCGCGAGCCAGAUUGGAAGUGUGUGUACACAUACAUUCAGGAAUUCUAUCGCUGCCUGGUCCAGAAGGGGCUGGUAAAAACCAAAAAGUCGUAGCCCAUUGUCAGCUCCCCCAAGACUGAUGGACGCUGGUGGACUGCGUGCCGCUGGUGGAGGUUGAAGACAUGAUGAUCAUGGGGAAGAAGCCUGACGCCAAGUGCGUCUUCACCUACGUGCAGUCCCUCUAUAACCACCUGCGUCGCCACGAGUUGCGCAUGCGGCAGAAAGAGUGCUAGAGCCUGCCCUUUGCAGCCCCACUGCUGCCCUCACCCCAGAGCUGCCUGCGGGCAAGGGAGCUGCUUGCCUGGGAGGCUCUGGGGGACCAUGGGUCUGGCACUGGCAACAGAAUUCUUCCACCAGGGCACCCCCACACCUCUGCAUUGGCAGAGCUGCUUCUGCCUCAGCCAGCUGUGGGCUGACCCUGUGGGCAGAGCCAGGUGGGCACUGCUGGGGAUGCUCCCACCUUGGCUUGCUCCCUGUGCUCCAGCCUUUUUUAAGUUAUUUGUUCUCCAGGAAUUAUUUGCCCUUCAGGUACCAUCCCUGUGUCCCUGGGGUGGCGUGGGCACAGCUGUGCCCUCAGACUCAGGCCCCCUCAUGGGUCUGUGGCUGAGCAGGGCUGUGCAGUUCAACGAGGGUCAUGGUACAUCCUGCAGGCAGCACCUGUCAGUGGUUCCCUUGGCCCCCUGCAAGGAAGCCUUUCUGCCCACUGCAGGCCCUGCUUGGUGUCACCUCCCUGGGGACAGCUCCACAACCAUGCCAACUCCCUGCUUCCCACCUCCACGUGCACCUGAGGCACUUCCACAUUAGGGGCACCUGUGGGCUGGGGAGGGGGUAGCAGCAAAGGGUCCCAGGGCAGUGCAAGGUGAAUGGAGCAAGCUGGGACAACCGCCCCCACUCUCCUCUCCAGCUCAGGCCACCCACGUGCUCAGCGCUGCUCGCCCCUCUGUCACAUCUCUACACCCGCGCUGACAUGUGUACCAACACCAGCCAGAUAAUAAAGAUUUAUUUAGGGCAA